AUGAACACGCGCUCACUGGAAGAGGGUGCACAGCUUUUGGCACAAAGUGCCGAAACAGCUGUGCAGGAUGGUGCGGCCGCCAUCUCUAACGCAUUCACACCAUUAGUGGAGGGCGCAAGGGCUGUGCAGGAUGGGAUUUGGUCUGGCGUUAGCGCCGUUGCUCGCAGCGUCUCCCGUUCUUUCUCUGCUGGGCCGUCCUAUUCACGCCGCCAGUAUGAUCGAAUGGAGGAAGAUGACAGGAAGGAAUGGAAGGACAUGAAAAAGGAGUAUCAAAAGCUACAGUGGUCUGAGUCGAUGGAAAGGAAUUUAGCGAUGCUCAAGCAGAUCAUGGAACAUCGACGCAAUGAAUUGCACAUUGCGGACAUGAGCAAUGACCAGGAAAGGCGACGUGCCCUAGAGGCAGAAUUGAAGGACCUAAAGGUGCGGCAAGCUCGUCUUUCAUGCGCUCUUUGGAUCCAGCCGGAGGAUCUUCCAAGUUCUCAGACCCUUCUGGAAAUGAGAAAUCCGAAGAAGCUACAAGCUGAACUCGAAGCCAAACUGGUGGAGCUGGGCCUGGUAGAGGCACGAGCUCUCCAGAGACCACCAGUACCUACACCCACCAAGGCAGAUGCAUCGACAUCUCCGAACCCCGAGGUUUCCCAACCUCAGCCUGAGCCAGUGAGAUUGGUUCCAAAGCUUCCAUUGAGCCGCCCAGUGGCUGCGACCGAAGAUGGUCGGUUUCAACCUGUGCUGGACCCACGAUUCACCAAAGCCUCAGACCCUGCGACGUCUCCUUUCAGUGACGACUCACCGUGCAAGACACGCAACGUGCAGGGUGCUCGACCCCACACGCCCAGAAGAAAAGCAACCAACGCCGGGGGUCAAGACACGGAAGCUGGGGAUACAGGUGGAAAGCUGAUAGAUGGAAGCCAUCCCGAUGGUGGAACUGGCAGCACCACCAGCCCCCUUGGUGGAAAGGGCAAGGGCGAUGGUGGGAAGCGUCCAGGGAAGGGUUCCGGCAAGAAAGGUCCGGCUGCACCUGCCAAAGGUGGAAAACCAGCUGCAGACGGCGACGGAAAGGGUAUGAAAGGGCCGCCUGGAAAAGGUGGACGGAUACGGAAGGUUACUCCCUUAGGUCGCAGAUUCCACUGGAAAGAGCUAAAUGCUGAGAAGGUGAAGGGCACCGUUUUCGACAAGGCUGAUAGCCCUAUGAUGGACACGAUUGAUGUUCAAUUUGAUGGGCUCAAAAACUAUUUCGCAGACGAUGACGAACUGUCGAAGCAAGGUGCUCCAGCUGCACAGCAAUCCCAGGAGAUGGUGCGAGUUUUUGACAACACUCGUAUGCAGAAUAUUGCCAUCGUGAUGCGAGGGAUAUUCGGUCAGAUGCCAUUGGCCCAGGAUAUGGAUUUCUUGGCUGCAGGAAUUGAAGCGGUAGAUCCUGCUCGAGCGGGGCCGAUGGCACCUUCCCUUCGUGAUGGUGAGAAGAUCUCUUUGCUUCCCACUGCCAUGCCCACAGAUGAAGAAGCCCAACAAUUGCGAGAACACGAUCCGGAUCGGCUGCGCCAAGUUGAGAGGCUGGUCCUACCCUUGGCACAGCUCACUCGCUGCCCGCAGCGCAUCCGAGCCUUGCGCUUGGCCGCUCAAGCUGAGAUGCUGCACGACAACUUGCAGGGUCGCCUCGAGAACCUUCAAAACGCUUGCGAUGCGCUGCGCGACUCCAUGGCUCUCCGGCGCUUCCUGCGCACGGUGGCAAAGCUUGGCAGCUGGAUCAACUCUUCUGAUCCUGAAAUGGAGAAAGGCUUUGCAGUAUCUUCAGCUCUUGGAAAGCUGCGCCUCUUUCGCGCGGUGCGAGAGGACAAGGCCGUGUCUCUACUACACAUUGCCAUUUUGGCUGCUGCUGGUGCUGAGGUGCCCGUGGUGCAGCGUCUCUGCAGUAGCUUGGCACUGGAGCUCGAAGCCUUGGACCGCGUGGCGCGUGAAGAUCUGGCCGAUCUGGAGCAGGCCAUCCGACAAUUUGCUGCUGAGGAGGCUUGGCUUCUUCAAGAAUGCGAGCACGCAGAAUAUUCUCUGGGUGUUCGUGCGAGGUUGCGAGCUGUGCAUCAGGAGCAGCUUUUGCAGUUGCGACAGCAGUUGGAGGAGGCCUACGGCCUCCUCCAGCCGCGGCUCUCGGAGACCUUGUCCUACUUCGCAGAGGGGCAGACGCCCUCAGUGGAGGCAGCGGCCGAGCAGCUCUUGAAAACUUUGCAUGCCUUCAAGAAGGAUGUAGCAAGUGCAUCUGCUGAGAUUUUGGCACAGCCACGCCGCUUUUUGAAAGCCUAUGCUGCAGGAGCUGCCGCGGAAGCCGCAGCUGAAGAGCAGCGGGCCACUCAGCGAGUGCGUGCUCGAAGCAUGUCAGGAGCUCGUGUAUCUGUUGCUCGCCGCAAUAGCAGGCCUGGACCAACCUCCUUGGCGGACAGGGUUGUCAUGCAAAAGUCACUAGCUGCGAAGGAGGACCUUCGCCCAGCGGACGUAACGGGCGGGGAAAUGUCCAAAAGCGCCAAAGAUGGUGGGCAGGUAGGAACUUCCGUUACCUAG